AUGAAACUAGCACCGAUACCAGUUCCCAAAUUUAGUGGUGAAAUUUGGGAGUGGAAAACGUUCUGGAAGAGCUUCGAGCACAGUGUCGACUCAAAGAACAUUGAUGAUAUCUACCAACUGAACUACCUUUUGGACUCACUACAAGGAAGGGUUAUAGAAUCUGUGAAGCACUUCGAAGUAUCAGGAGCGGCAUAUCCUUUGGUGGUCGCAUACCUCAAAAACAAAUAUGACGACAAAGAAGCCCUGAUAGAAAGGCUCCUUCACAAUCUUCAAUUCGCGCGCGCCCAUACAACCCGUCUAGAGGACCAAGAAGCGCUGUGCGAAGAACUGCAGUCUAUCGUAUCACAGCUUAAAAUCAAAGGCGAAAAUGUUGACAAUGUGUUUCUGCAAAGACAAUUGAUCAACAAAUUUUCGCCAGAAGUACAAAGACACGUCAUCCGGCAGAAGACGAAGAACGAAGCUGAAGGGUCGUGGAACACGCUGACAUUACUGCUGAUAGCUAAAGAGUAUAUCAGAGGAGAGCUCAGAGUCACACGCCAGAUGAAGCAGUGUACCAUUCGCGAUACAUCGCAAGAGAUAUCCAGCACCCCGUAUGAGACUCAGCGCCGCAAACUUCGACAGAAUCUCUGCUUCUACUGUGGAAAGAGUGGGCAUCAGCCAGUGAACUGCAACGAAGCUACAUCGUUGAAANUCCACCUAGAGAGAGAAAGACUCGAAAGCGCAUUAGAUGAAUAUACCGGUACCAGACGCAAACGUACAAAUACCGUCGGAUACUCUAGAGAAAGUUGA